AUGGUAAAAGCCCCCCAAGCCAAAAAGGCUAUCCCUGAAGAAGAUGGACCAUCAUUGGACACAAGUGACCAAAGAAGCAUCAUUGUGUACAGCAUGAGUCUGAACAGUCCAGUACCAAACCUGGCAUCCGUGACUUCAUAUCCUACCCGAAACCCCCGAAACGAAACGAACCACUUCUACUCCUCUCUUGGUUCUGCUGCCACCGCUCCUCCUCUUCCUCCUUGUCUCCUCCAUUCUAUUCUCCACCACAUUGCGCAUCGACAAGCUAAGUACCGAACGGGCGAAACAUGCGGACUGAAGCUGGUGUACGAAACCAUCACAAACGAGGACCGAUGCAAGCUGUGCUACGAUAUGGACAAGAAAUAUCGUCGGUUAACCAAAAUGCAAGGAGACGUCGCUCGGUGGUGCCGCGAAGGGAAUCGCAAGGCGACGAUCGAGCGGACAAACCUCGAGAUUCAGGAAGUCAACCGCCAGAUCCAAGAAAUGAACAAUCAGCAUUGGACACGGGUGAAUCUGUUGGCCUGA